UUCAAAAGUCACAGGUGCUUCGGAAAGCACUUAAUUUCAAACCUCAAACAUUUAAACUAUUUUGAAGUUGUGCCACUAAACUAUGUCACUAUGCUAAAUAGAUUAACUGAGAAAUAUGUCGAUGUACAGUUGACAUAAUCAUAAGUAUGAGAACAUUUACACCUGAUACCAAGUAAAAAGGUGUAACGUUCUAAAACGAUGUCGGGUUAAGGGGACACGCAAAUGUGAGCUACGCGCGCCGGACAGACUCAGGUGCAGAGAAACCAAACUGGCGGCGCACUUAGGAUGCAGAAGUCACCAGUGGAAGAUGCAAACUUCCUCUCCAAAUUUUUCUUCUGGUGGACCACACCGCUGCUGAGGAAGGGCUUCAGAAAGAAGUUAGAGCUGACAGAUGUUUACAAGGCUCCUUCCUAUGAUCUGGCAGACAACCUCUCUGAGAGACUUGAACGAGAAUGGGACAGAGAGGUGGUGUCAGCCAAGAACAAGCCCAGGCUGAUGAGAGCGCUGGCCCGAUGCUUCAUCGGCCCUUUCGCCUUCUUUGGUGUCCUCCUCUACCUCGGGGAGGCUUCCAAGACUGUGCAGCCUCAGCUUCUGGGUCGCAUCAUCGCCUCCUUCGACCCAUUCCACGCUCCGGAGCGUGAGCAGGGAUACUUCCUGGCCCUGGGCCUCUGCCUACUCUUCACCGCCCGCUUCCUCCUGCUGCAACCUGCCAUCUUUGGCCUGCAUCAUCUGGGCAUGCAAAUCCGCAUUGCCCUUUUCAGUCUCAUAUAUAAGAAGACCCUGAAGCUGUCAAGCCGAGUCUUGGAUAAGAUCAGCACCGGUCAACUAGUCAGUCUGAUGUCCACUCACCUCAACAAGUUGGAUGAGAGCUUGGGUCUGGCCCACUUUGUAUGGAUCACCCCCCUGCAGUGUAUACUGUGUGUGGGUCUGAUCUGGGAGCUGAUCGAGGUGAAUGGCUUUUGCGCGCUGGCAGCCCUGACUCUGCUGGGCAUCAUCCAGGCCUGGCUCUCCCAGAAGAUGGGGCCGCACCGGGUGGAGCGAGGAGUGAUGAUCAGCCGCCGCCUGGCUCUCACCUCAGAGAUUGUGGAGAACAUCCACUCUGUGAAGGCGUACGGUUGGGAGGAGGUGAUGGAAACCAUCAUCAAGAACAUCAGACAGGACGAGAUGACGCUAACGAGGAAGAUCGGUUCUCUGCGUUACUUCUACAGCGCCUCGUACUUCUUCUCCGCCAUCUUGGUCAUCGUGUCUGCCAUCGUGCCGCACGCACUCAGUAAAGGCAUCAUCCUGCGCCGUAUCUUCACCACGGCUUCCUACUGCAUGGUGCUGAGAAUGACGCUGACCCGCCAGUUGCCAGGGUCCAUCCAGAUGUGGUACGACACGCUGGCACUGGUCAAGAAGAUCGAGGAGUUCUUGAUGAAGGAAGAAUACAGAGUGCUGGAGUACAACCUGACCACCACUGAGCUGGAGCUGGUCAACGUGUCCGCAUCCUGGGACGAGGGCAUUGGUGAGCUGUUUGAGAAAAUCAAACAGGAGAACAAAGCAAACGGACACCUGAACGGUGACGCUGGCGUCUUCUUCACUAACCUCUACGUGACACCUGUCCUCAAAAACAUCAGCCUGUACCUGGAGAAGGGCAAGAUGCUGGCGGUGGCUGGAUCCACUGGCUCAGGGAAGAGUUCCCUGCUCAUGAUGAUCCUGGGAGAGUUGGUGCCAUCGGAGGGUAAAAUCAGACACAGCGGUCGCAUCUCCUACUCGCCACAGACUUCCUGGAUCAUUCCCGGGACGAUUCGAGACAACAUCCUGUUUGGCCUGACAUAUGACGAGUACCGCUACACUUCCGUCAUCAAAGCAUGUCAGCUGGAAGAGGACUUUGCCUUGCUGCCUGAGAAAGACAAGACGCACCUCGUCGAAGGAGGGGUGACCCUGAGCGGCGGUCAAAGGGCUCGCCUCGGCCUGGCCAGGGCUGUGUAUAAAGAUGCAGACCUCUACCUGCUGGAUGCGCCUUUCACCCACCUGGACAUCGUGACAGAGAAAGAGAUCUUUGAGAAAUGUGUCUGUAAACUCAUGGCAUCCAAGAUACGCAUUGUGGUCACCAGCAAGUUGGAGCAUCUCAAAAGAGCAGACAAAAUCCUGCUGCUGCACAACGGAGACUGCUACUUCUACGGGACCUUCUCCGAGCUGCAGGACAAGCGCCCUGACUUCAGCUCCCUCCUCCUCGGCAUGGAAGCUUACGACAACAUCAACGCAGAGCGACGCAGCUCCAUCCUCACGGAAACUCUUCGCAGGGUCUCCAUCGAUGAAACCGCUGGCUUCCGAGGCCCGGAGACAAUUCGGCAGUCGUUCCGCCAGCCACCGCCUCCGCUGAUCGUCUCCGGAUCCCAAGGCCACCCUGGAGGUGAUGGCUACCCAGAAAAACGCAAACCGUCCCUCAUCCUCAACCCUCUGGCAGCUGCCCGCAAGUUCUCCUUCAUCGGGAACUCCCAACAGACAAAUACCCAGUCCACGACGAUAGAGGACGGGGUUCGUGAACUCUCUGAGAGGAAAUUCUCUGUAGUACCCGAGGACGAUCAAGUAGAGGAGGUGCUCCCCAGGGGGAACUUGUACCAUAAUGGGUUGCAGCACCUCAACGGGCAGCGGCGCCAGUCUGUCCUGGCGUUCAUCACCAACGCUCAGGGCCACGCGCGCAGAGGGCAGAUGCAGAUGCAAUCCUCCCUCAGAAAAAAGCUGUCCAUCACCCCGCAGUGUGACCUGGUGUCCGAGCUGGACAUUUACGCCCGCCGCCUCCCCAAAGACAGCGUUUAUGACAUUAGUGAGGAGGUGGAUGAAGAAGACAUGGAGCAAUGCUUCGCAGAUGAACGUGAGAACAUCUUUGAAACUACCUCAUGGAGCACGUACCUACGCUACAUCACCACCAACAGGAGCUUAGUCUACGUCCUUAUUUUCAUCGCCUUGGUCUUCAUCAUUGAGGUUGCUGGUUCAGUCAUUGGCAUUUUCUUCCUUACUGAAAAGAUCUGGAAGGACAGCACCACUCCUCCAUCUCCAACCUCCAUCGAUGAGGAGCAUCACAACGCCUCGUCGCCCGCCGUCCACAGGGGAAUCAUUGUCACACCGACAAGCGCUUACUACAUCAUCUACAUCUAUGUGGCCACGUCGGAGAGCGUACUGGCCAUGGGAUUCUUUAGGGGUCUCCCGUUAGUGCACACAUUACUCACUGUGUCCAAAAGACUGCAUGAACAGAUGCUUAGCGCUGUGCUACGAGCCCCCAUGGCUGUGCUCAACACUAUGAAGACAGGUCGGAUAAUGAACAGAUUCACCAAGGACAUGGCCACCAUAGAUGACAUGCUGCCUCUGGUGCUGUUUGACCUCAUACAGCUCACAGUGAUUGUUACGGGUGCCAUCUUCACCGUGUCCAUCAUACGGCCUUACAUCUUCAUCGCUGCCAUCCCAUUGGCUGUCAUCUUUAUUAUCCUCAGAAAAUACUUCCUACGAACUGGACAGCAACUCAAGCUAUUGGAGGCUGAAGCUCGCAGUCCCAUCUUCUCCCACCUCAUCAUCUCGCUGAAGGGUUUAUGGACAAUUCGGGCGUUUGGACGUCAGAGCUACUUCGAGACGCUCUUCCACAAGGCGCUCAACACUCACACAGCCACCUGGUUCCACUACUUGUCCACACUGCGAUGGUUCCUCUUCCGCUGCGAUAUGAUCUUCGUCCUGUUCUUCAGCGCCGCCGCCUUCAUCGCCGUAGGCACCAACCAGGACAAACCAGGGGAGGUUGGCAUCAUCGUGGCCCUGGCCAUGCUCAUCCUGGGGACUUUCCAAUGGGCUGUCAUCACCAGCAUCACUGUAGACGGACUGAUGCGUUCGGUGGAUCGGGUGUUCAAGUUCAUCGACCUGCCAUCAGAGGAGCCGCUUACAGCCAAAUCUAGUGGUAAAGGAGGCCCCGACCUGGUCAUUGACAACCCUCAUGCCCAGGACUGCUGGCCCAACCGCGGCCAGAUGGACGUCAAGGGCCUCACUGUCAAAUACACAGAGGCUGGACGGGCCGUCCUCAGCGACAUCUCCUUCUCCGUCGAGGGAGGGCAGAGUAUGGGUCUGCUGGGUCGAACCGGUUCAGGGAAGAGCACCCUGCUCUCCGCUCUGCUGCGUCUCGCCUCCACUGACGGAGAAAUCUCCAUUGACGGCAUCUCCUGGAGCUCCGUCUCCCUGCAAACAUGGAGGAAGGCCUUUGGGGUGGUGCCGCAGAAAGUCUUUAUUCUGACCGGCACUUUCCGGAUGAACCUGGACCCACACGGACGUUACAGCGAUGAGGAGCUGUGGAGGGUCGCAGAGGAGGUGGGUUUGAAGUCUGUGAUCGAGCAGUUUCCAGAGAAGCUGGACUUUCAGCUGGAGGACGGAGGCAACGUGUUGAGCAACGGACACAAACAGCUGCUGUGUCUCGCCCGCUCCAUCCUCAGCAAGGCUCGCAUCCUGCUGCUGGACGAACCCUCCGCCUACCUCGACCCCAUAACAUUGCAGGUCCUGAGGAAGACGCUGAAACACUCAUUCUCCAGCUGCACCGUCAUCUUAUCAGAACACAGAGUAGAGCCGCUGCUGGAGUGUCAAUCAUUCCUGAUGAUCGAGGGCAGCUCCAUGAAAAGCUACGACUCCAUCCAGAAGCUGCUGAAUGAGACCAGCCACCUGAAGCAGGCCAUGAGCCCUGCCGACCGGCUCCACCUCUUCCCGACUCUUCACCGCCUCAACUCCAGCAAGAGGGUGGCGCCGCAGACCGCCAAGAUCUCGUCCCUCCCAGAGGAAGCUGAGGACGAAGUCCACGACACUCGCCUCUAACCGGCCAGGCACACAAACACACACACACACCCCAUGCUAACUCUAACGGACAAAACACAGGUUUUGAUACUGAUGUUUGAGCCAUUAUUUCCCGAAAUUACCAGUGAAACAGCAUCUCAAUCACUAUGGGACACUAAAACUCUCCCAGACAAAGUAUUUUUUUCAAUAGUAGGAGAAUUCAGUUUACUUAUAGCAUUCAUAAUUAACUAAAAUUUGAAAAGAAACUAAAAAUCUGUGCAAAGAAAAAAAAAAUUCAAGUUUUCCAAUAUAUUAACAUUAAUAAUGUUAUCAUAAUAACAUUAUACAAAAUUGGCUUAUUAAUACUUGAUUUUUUAUUUAUUUUUAUUUUUACCACCACGUGUUGACCAACAGGUCUGCAGGUUUAGAAAAGAUAUAAGUAAAUUUGUAUGUAGGUGAAUCGGAAUUAAAAGAUGCAAAAAAGGUUCCCAUAAUGCAACUUUUGCUGUAAAUCUGUCACUAAAUUAGAAACAUUCUAAUAAACCAGAGUGUGUAUGUGCUGCAGGGAGAGCUAAAAUACUCCCAUGUAACAGGGACCACCAGAAGCCGAGAAGGAUGGCUAACUGGACACUUAUACUACAAAUAUACUCGCAUCAGUGCCUUAAACUUCUGCGUGAUUCAUCACGAAGCAGAAUGUGGCCGUCAGAUCAGCACACCCCAAAAAGAGUAACCUCGGUUAAAUGGCACCGGCACGCCAGGAUCCAGCCAAGUCUCAGCCAAAGGACACCACAAUCCUCCACUCUUGCCUCGGUGCCCCCUCUGAUGUAGACGGAGAUGGACGCAGAAAUGGUCUUGCUUGUCGGGAUUGUAGCCGUAGGUAACUUGAGGUAAUCUUCUCCACCUUUUCACUUGUGUUAACUCUGAUGUUUACAUAUGAAAACCUCCCCGGCCAGGUGGCUAGCUAGCCAGGCAGGAGGUUAUCAGAGUCCGAAGGAGACCCGAAAGUUGAUUUCCCGAUCCUCGCGAGGGACUCAAAGCCACGUGCCAUCAGCGUCCACCGCCAACAACAUAAAGCACAAACUAAUAUUUCUAAAAUGGACAAUUCAGCAUACAUUUCGCGGAGCUGACGGAGAGGCUACUGGAGAGGUCCGCACUCUUAGCCUAGGUCGAGAGAUGUCCGUUCUGGUCACAGCCUGGUGUGCCGCUCAUCGCUCCGUUUGCCGCAAAUGUUGCCAUCGUCGAAUAAAGAACCGGAAACCUGAGGAAGUUAACGUUAGUCAAUGUGCUUUUCUAGCACAUUUCAAGUGCCUUUUGCAGGUUUCAGUCAGUCAGGUGCUUUUUGGGGAUGCUGGACAAACUGUGUGAGGGUUGCCUCAGUUCAGAUAAUCCUCAAAAAGUUUCUCCUUUUGAAACCAAAAUAUUGUAUUAUGUUUUUUUGCAUACUUUCAUUGGUUUCAUCUAAGGGAUUAUUUUAAGAUAAUAGGUUUUGUUCUGAACAACCAGCUACUUUUCACUGUUUUAACUCAGACUGAACGCAAAAUAGCAGCCACUGUAGAGGUCUGCUCAGAAAGCACAACAUUAAUUUAUCAUAUGCACAUAAUCCAAUCCUCUUCAGGUAGCUAGCAGGAAUCAAUAUUGCAGAUAAUAUUGCACAUAAAAGAGUUCUCUUCUCUGCUCGUUCUGAGCUGAGGCCAUAUCGAUACAUUUGAAAACGUUGUCGUUCACACAGCCUCUGUCCACACUAAAGGGCAGUCAGUCCACACCGGGACAUUUUUAUUGUUAGUCACUCGUUGGACAAACAUAGGCUGGAAUCAUUGUAGAUUAACGGGAUGUAUCCGUCCGACGUCUGAUGGGAGUUUCCAGUAAGCCUCUUUUCACAACCAAAAACAAUUUUCAGAAGUUAGUUUAGUGUGAACCAAAAACAAAGCUUCUCUAAAAUUUUAAUGUUAAAACAACUUUUUGAAUUCCAAAAUAGUCAAUCGCACAACACGGGUGUUGUCCUUAACCUGUAUUUAAUGUUAAAACACGACUUUGAACCAUUAAAUACGUAUUUGAUCAAUGUUGCUGUUGUGAACAUGUAGGAUUAAUGAGCAACAUGUCUUUUUUUUAUUUAUUUUUUUAUUUGAUAUACUCAUUUAGUUUUCAUACAAGAAACCUAAAAAUGUAAAUGAUAAAAAUGUAAUAGUGAGUUUGGUUUGGCUACACAGUGAAACUGCUCUAAAAGUUGUCCACACACUCGACACUAUGACGCAUUUGAGUACAAACUUUGAUGGGCUGGAAAUAGACAUUUUAAAAUUCUAUAUAUCCUACAUGAUGAGAAGAGGUCAGAGCUUUGUGAAACAGAAUUAAGGCAAACUGCAGCUAGGAGUAAGACUUCUACAGUGGCUUCAUGUGUGUUGUGUUGAAGUAUCUUCUAAAUAUUUGCUUUUGUAUCUUUAAUCAGUCUGACCACUGGCGUCAAUACACACACACACACACACACACACACACACACACACACACACACACACACACACACACCCACCCCACCAGGAACAGUAACGCCAUUGGCUGGCACUAACAAGUGAUGACUCCGAAACCCUUAUGCACUUUAGAGACUCCCUGAGGUACUCAUCAGCUUUCACAGCAAGGAAACCGUCAAGUUUUUGUUUUUCAAUUCCUCCAUAAAAGUGUAGAUGUAGAAUUCCGACCUUUGUUUACAAAUUCCGCUUUUUAUUUAAAUUGUUCAGCCUCUGUGAAUUAAUUCUAGAAAGAAGGCAGUAAUAGAGCCGCUGCUGUACAAACAAAGCAAACAUUAAGCAUUUCUUUUUUUGUGUCAUUUUCCAAGUUAUAUCUGUACUUCCCUCGGAAACUGGAAACCAUUUAGGCUAUUCUAUUAUAUCUCUUCGUUUUCUCUGGUUGAGGGACGAGUGUGUUGCUCCUUUCAUACUGUAUAAUAGUUUUUUAAAGCAGCGAUGAAGAAAAUGAAGGUACCAUGGAAAAAAGAAAGGCCUUUAUAUGUAAACUGUGACAACAGAUUUUUUACAGAGUAAAUUAAGAACAAAGCUGUUUCUUACUCAUAGAAAAGGGA